UUGUAGAUGACUUCACACAUUUAGAGGGCAGGAAGGAAGUCGGGCUGCAGUGCUCCCUUCGCUCUCCUGUGGGGCGGCAGCUGCAAAUUCGGCCUCAUUAACUCCCAAAAUGACCCCCCAGACACCCCCCGAGCCCCCCAAAUGCUGCUUCUUCAGCAUCAAGACAGCCACAGUGGCCCUGGGGAUCUUCCACAUGGUCAUGAGUGUUUUGCUGCUGAUCGAGUAUUCCCUGGAGGUGUCCAACGGGAAGGGCUUCCACAAAGAUCUGCCCAAGGAUUACUACGGGAUUGCCGAUGUUGUCACCAGUUUCCUGCUGAUCAUCAUGUUGUUUGUCAUCAGCUUCAACCUCCUCCUGGGUGUGCUGAAGAAGAGGGAACGUCUCCUGAUCCCCUUCCUUGCCCUGCAAGUCAUGGACUUCCUCCUCAGCCUCCUGACCAUGUUCAGCUCCUACCUGCAGGUCCCAGUGCUCAUUUCUGUGUCCUCCCUGAGCCACACGCAGGGACAUUCCAAGAUCCCUCUCCUGGCUCUGCAGCUGCUGGACUUCUGCCUGAGCAUCCUCACCCUCUGCAGCUCCUACAUGGAGGUGCCCACCUAUCUCAGCCUCAAGCCUUCAGACAAUGGGGGAUUUCUGCCAACCCUGGAGAAGCUGCCAACAGAGGAAUAUGCCAAAGUGAUGAUCACCUUCACCAUCGCCUUCAUCGCCGUCCUCUUCCUCAAGGCCUAUAUGUUCAAAUGUGUGCUGAGCUGCUUUAAGUACAUCAAAGCCAGCAAGAGAGAGGAGGUGAAAGUCGACCCACAAGCAGUUGAAAAGGCUGUACUGCCAUCCUAUGAGGAAGCCUUGGAGUUGCCUGCCAAGGAGUCCCCACCACCCUAUGUGACAAUCUAAGCUCUGUUCUGGGGAGCAAACCACAUCAGUGCUGCUGCUGGUGCCUCUUCCCCUGCUGUCAGAUAGUCCCACUGAGGAAUC